AUGGAGCUGGGGCCUCCACGCCCAAUCGAAACGACACCGCUCAUGAAAUUUGUGCAGCAGAUGGACGCAGCAGCCCUCCGCCAUACCCUUACAACGAAACAGGUAGCCCCACUGCACCUUCAAACCAUAUAGCCGCACCGCCAAAUCGGAUUUUGUCAUUUUGCUGCCGUCUCUCCUUCACGAUGGAUGUCAGGUGGUGCAGACGAAUGCAGCGGAUGCGAAAGCACAUUCCCCACUCGGCCGCCAUGAUGCCAUCGACUUCUCCCAUUUCAAACGACAUUCUGGCCGUCACCAGCCGUCAAGAAGGAAGCUCUCCCGCCUCGACAAGAUCCUCCCUCCCGAGCACAUGAUAUUGCAUCAGGACGCCUCCAGCACACACGAGUAUCUCACCGACUUCUCGUCGAACAAGCCAUCCCCAAGGCGCGACUCCCCGGUGUCUCCAAAGUCGACCGCCCUGCGUCACACAGCGAGAGGCGAGUUGUUCGACGUCAACAGCUUCAUGAGGCGCGAGAUGUUCUCGUUGGACCAGGAGGCACCAACAGCAGCGGAGUCUCGGCCACCGACACCCGCAUUGCCCGCCACAAGGGUCAAGAAGGAAUUGGAGGCCGCCAUACGACGUGCACGCCACCUGCUGGCUACCAUCGACAAGGGCGAUGCAUCAGCACUCGACGAGAGCGACAGAGAGGAGACCGUCGAGGCUCUCUUCGGGCGUGAUGAGGAUUUCCAGCCCAUUCGCAAGGCGGUGCGUGACCUGACGAGCGAGCGGCCACGUGUACAGGAGUGGAGGAAGAGUGGCGGCCAGCGGAGUGGUGUCAUUGAUGCGGUGGCCAAGAAGGCGAAGCGGCUGGAGAGGGAAGUGUUCAUGAAGAAGCCGCCAUCACAGCCGUCUGCUGCAAAAAGAGACGCUGGCUUGAGGCGGCGGACGAGCAAGAGGCCGUUCUCUUCGUCUUCUGAAGAGGAAAAGGAGAAGAGGCGGAUUGUCCAUCGGCCAUCUGUCGUACCUCGUCCUACUGCCAGGGAGAGGAGGAGAGAGCGCAGCGUGUCUUCCUUCUCUGUCAGCGAGUUCAGUGAGAAGAAGGCCGCUUCCUUCGCCCCCCUGGACACUUUCCAACGGCUCUCUGUCCGCAUGUCGGCCACCAACACAUCGGACAACCCCUUCCUGCAGGCGGCUAUGCGGCUGCGGUACGGUAAUCCCUCUUCAAAGGUGGACAACAAGAGUGCCGCUAGACAGGCCGACAAAGCCAUGUGGUCGACAUGGACGCGAGACGACCUUGUGAGCGCACUGAACAAGGGGAAAGAGAUGAUCUUGAACCCUCCUCGUGUGGAUGUGCGUCGGGGUGAUGCCGGUGCUGGCGGGCAAGACAUCGCCACAUUGGAGACGAGGAGCACGAUGCAGUCUGGCGGUGAUCGGAUACCCACAGCCACCGAGGCGGCCGUGCCAGAGAACCCGUUCGCAUCGGAUGACGAGCGGGACAAAGACCCCUUUGCCUCCGACGAUGAGAGAAUGGUGCUCGAGACACAACACACUGAAGCUGCUGCUGGUGGUGGUGGUGGGUAUGGGCCUCGGCCGCCGUCGACAAAGCCCAAGCAGCUUCCCGCAGCAACCGAGUCGACGAGAGGAUCGUUUGCACGGCUAUUACAUAGAGCGCAAGAGACAUCCAACGAGCCACUGACGCCACACUUCCCCGAUGACGAUACACUGGCGGAGCCUCUACUACGGAUGGUGGAGCGAUGCCCAUCAGCAGCCGUUCCACCAUACCCAGCACCCGCCCUGCUCCCGCAUGCCACGCCGUCCGUCACGGCGUACCUGUCUCGGGAAUCGCACGAAACUAUGGCUGUUGCGGAGAUAGAGACAUACGACCGCAUGGAGGAGAGCGUGCCCCUGACGAGACAUGUGCUAUCACAGCCCCUCCACUUCUCGCCGCCCAGACCCACCCCAUCGAACAAGGAGGACGAGAAGCAGACUGGCCGAUUUGCGAGAGGGGACACGACAACGACGACGGCCACGACUAUAUGCACAAGUGAGGCGGCCGAGUCGUCCGCAGAAGCAGCCAGGGGCAGUAAAGGUAGCCGACAAGGGAGACCAAGGCUUUGCUUAUGUGCUGGUGUCGAUGAUAGUGCGGCCUCUGCUGCCACAACAUUCUAUUCUCCUUCCCUUGCCAAACGCAUCACCGGCGAGAUAAGUAAAAGAGACGAAGAGCGGGACACUACCACGAACAGUGGGCCACUAUUGUGUCCCACUGCAAUGAUCUUCAGCGCGAGCAUGCUUCGGGAAGAUGUGUUGAAGAUCAUUCCUGGCCACAGGCAGCCGUCAUACACGGCAGCAGCGCCGCUUGAUGCAAGGCUGGUCUUUGCCCCGUCAGCAGUAGCAUUUAAGAGCUUCCGUCUCGAGGACUUCUCCAUUAUCACUGAUCCACCGUCAGCUGCUGUUGCAAUGGCCUGUCCCACGAUACGCUCCCUCCACGUGAGAGCCACACCACCGGGCGUGGUGCCUCUUUCCAGCCCGCUCUCACUCACGAUGGACUUUAUUGACCUGCGAGCGUUCGCUUAUGGAGGUCUCCUGCGAUACCUGGGGACACUGGUGGGCAUGUGUGGCGUGCCCUUCGUGCAGCGGCUGCACUCGAUUUGGCUGCUCGAUGACGGCUGUCUCGCCAUAGCGGCAGAGCACCAUCCCAUUGGGAGUGUGGGGGACGCCAUGGCAAGGAGGGAGGGGCCAUUCCCUGUGGAUGUGGUGCGGCUGUGGAUGGCUGAGGUGCUGGUUAUGAUGUGUUAUGUGCAUGAGAGGGACAUUGGCUGCGGGUAUCUGUGCCCUGAGUAUCUGUUGCUGGACGAUAGUGGACACAUUGCGCUCGCAUGCGUCCCACCCAAACAGUACGACACUGACACACAAACAACCGCUACAUGAGACACACACGUGUUGGUGUGCAUCUGUCUGUGUAUCUCAGAUUCAGCAAGUACUGUGAGCCAGGUUCAUUCAUCCCUGAGCGCUACCUACCCCCUGAAGCCUUUGGCCACGACGCAGCAGCAACGGCUGACGAGAAAGGAGACAUCUGGUCGCUCGGCGUACUGUUGUGGGAGCUUCUCUCUGGAUAUCCUCUGUUCGAUGGCUCCUUAGCGACCAUCCGGCAAUGUGUCCUUGAUGCGUCACGUGCUCCAGAGCGUAUCCCCGUAUUGCCCCAUAUCCCCCUGUCAGCCCAGCAUUUCGUGUAUUGCUGCAUGGUGAGUGAUCUGAAGAGACGGCCGUCGUGUGAGGUGCUGUUGAUGCAUGAAUUCUUGUGCGACGUCGACGUUAAGGCAGUGGUUGAGAGAACGGAGGGACAUCCGAUAGACAUAGCCCCGCUCGGGCUCGUGGUGCACUAGCAGUUGAUUGACGUGUGCUGCGAUUGAACGCUGACUCGGAAG